AUGUUCACCCGAGAGGUCUGGCGCGACCGCACGGCCGCACCAGAUGAGCCAUGGUUGAAAAAUGUUUCCAUCGUUGGUGUCAAACAAAUCGACCGGAUAGUGGAGGUGGUUGAGGAGACGCUUAAGGGAAACACAGUGCGGCUUCUAAGUCGGAAGCGUCCAGAUGCAGGAUUAUCAUUACCGAAGAUGAGAAAAAAUGAGCUUGUUGAGGUUCUGGCGAUAAACACCGGUUGCCUGAAUCACUGCACCUACUGUAAGACAAAAAUGGCGAGAGGAGAUCUCAAAAGCUACCCUUUAGAGGAGCUUGUCGAACAGGCUCGUACAGCGUUCGAAAGGGACGGCGUCAAAGAAUUGUGGCUCACUUCAGAGGAUUUAGGGGCGUGGGGCCGAGAUAUUGGAAUGGUGCUUCCUGAUCUCUUGAAUGAAUUGGUAAAAGUCAUUCCUGAUGGAUGUAUGAUGAGGCUAGGAAUGACCAAUCCACCGUACAUACUCGAUUAUUUAGAAGAGAUUGCGGCAGUCCUGAAUCACCCACGUGUCUAUUCAUUCCUUCAUAUUCCUGUACAGUCGGGUAGCGAUGCCGUAUUGCGUGAUAUGAAGCGUGAAUACUCAAGCGAUCACUUCAAAAUGAUUAUGGAUUUUAUGUUGAAAAAAGUGCCGAAUAUUUACAUAGCGACCGAUAUGAUUUGUGCAUUUCCAACGGAGACUGAAGAGGAUUUCGAAGAAAGCAUGCAACUUGUCCGCGACUACCAAUUCCCGUCACUUUUCAUCAAUCAGUUCUAUCCGCGUUCUGGUACACCAGCGGCUCGAAUGAAAAAGAUUGAUACGGUGGAAGCUCGACGUCGAACUGCGGCCAUGUCAGCUUUGUUCCGGGAAUACAGUAGGUAUACCCCGGAACGCAUCGGAGAAGAGCACAAUGUGUUGGUUUGCGAGAUGGCAACGGGUGAGUGA